GCCAAGGAAAUAUUCUCGUCCUGACGCGCUCCGUCAUCGCUUGCUGUGGCCGCCGCCGAAUUGGUAAUCAUCACUGCGUUCCAUAGAGAUUUCGAGCGCGAACGACUUUCAGAUAGAUACAAACGCUUCCUUUGUCACAAAAUACAGAAGGAGAGAUCAUACUUCCGAUUCUGCCUCAUAAAAUGUCACUCACAAAUGUCAACGAGAUUAUCCUGGUGCUUUCCGGCAAGGGAGGCGUUGGAAAAUCAAGCGUUACUACACAGCUGGCUCUCACACUGUCACUAAGAGGACACUCCGUCGGCAUCCUUGAUAUUGAUCUCACUGGACCAUCGAUGCCAAGGUUUCUCGGAAUUGAAUCCUCCAAAGUCAAACAAGCACCAGGUGGCUGGCUACCCGUUCCGGUUCAUGAAGGAAGAGACGCGAACACAGCUGAAGAUGUCAAGCCCCUUGGAUCUCUUCAUUGCAUGUCUCUUGGAUUUCUUCUCGGCAAUCGGAAUGAUGCAGUCGUUUGGCGCGGCCCGAAGAAGACUGCCAUGGUCCGCCAGUUCCUGUCAGAUGUUCACUGGGGCAACCUUGAUUAUCUCUUGAUCGACACACCUCCUGGAACCUCUGAUGAGCACAUCUCACUGGUAGAAACUCUACUCAAGAACACAGCUCCUGGUCAGGUCUCUGGAGCCGUGGUGGUGACCACUCCACAAGCCAUCAGUGUCUCGGAUGUAAGGAAGGAGAUUAAUUUCUGCAAGAAGACUGGUAUCCACAUCCUGGGCGUCGUCGAGAAUAUGGCUGGCUUUGUGUGUCCAAACUGUGCGGAAUGCACAAACGUUUUCUCAAAGGGUGGUGGAGAAGUGAUGGCCAAAGAUUUUAGUGUUCCUUUCCUCGGCAGCGUGCCUAUCGAUCCGGCCUUCAUUGCUCUAAUCGAGGAAGGUAAACGACCAGUCUAUCCUGAAGGUACGGUUGUCGCUGGGCAGGAAAUGCCCGAGGAAACGACCGAGCCUGAGGACGACGCUGGAUCCUUAGUAGAGAAGUAUCAAAGCUGCUCUUUGUUCACAAUCUUCGGCGACAUCGUCGGUCAACUUACUGCCAACGCCCAACCUUGAACAGUCACUGGAAAAUGUGUACAAUAAUCUCGGUAUCUUCGGCUCGGUCUGGACUAGCUACUUCUUAUGGCCGAGGAAUGUGAUAAGACUCGGGCCGAAAAUCAGACGUGCCCGAAAGGGCCACCCACACGUCUUGGCGGCGUACUAGGAGGUCUAGCUGGGCGUCAGGACUCAUCGAGCAAUUUUCGGCUUCAAGAACAACCUCCGAGUUUUACCACGCUUGUCAGAAGUGGUGGGAGCCACAAAUGAAUGUUUGCAGGGCUGGAAGAGUCAAGCCAUAGCGCAUGCAGUUCCCCAUGAUAUCAGACUGCAGUAUCCUGGGGCGAACUUUUACAUAUUGGAGCUACUAGAAAUCAUGUUAUUGCGCAACUUUCAUGUCCAAAUUGCAGGCUUGACCAAUAAACAGCAUUUGAU